AUGCCAGUUGGUGUUCAUUACCAUCCGAAAUCCGUAUCUGGUGUAAAGAUGUUGUCGCAGAUGCUUGGGGUAGCAAAAACUGUACAAGUCUGUGAACGCUGUCUGACGAAGCAGUCUCUGCAGAACCACAUCGUUAAACAUGAAAAUGCGCACUGUAACAGUAAAUGUGACACCUGUCUCCAACUGAAAGCCAUCUGCCAAGAUUGCCAAAGAAAAGGUCACGUCUCCUACUUACCAGCAUUGAGAUGCUGUGAAUCCUGCCUAAAGGAGUCUAUUCAAUGUAGAAAAGUCGCAGUUCUGGCUGUUGUUACAGACUGCGAGAAAUGUAAUAAGCAGGCUCUUUUAGAAAUCCAGAAGAUGUCAGAAAACCACAACAUGCCGCCUGAGCUUCUGCUCCUGACCCCUCUCCCUGAUGUUGUUCACAUCGGUAAGAGUCUCAAAUGCAGCUGGGCUAACUGGUUCAUAGAUCUGAAUGGACAAAUGUCUAAUCUCGUAUUAAUCCGCACGUUGAGAGACUCAACAGAUUGUGAUGUCCGCAAACCUUUGAGAAAAUUGCUGACCUUAGAAUGCGUCAGAAAUAAAGAUAGGAUGGCAGUCGAGCCAAUAGUGAGACUAACCAGACCUGAGGUGGUAGAAGUAUUAAGAAAGGUGGCACUUGUGGUACACACGCUUGUUCCGGAGAAGUAUAGAUUUUGGACCUCAAAUCAACAAGGUGUUUGUCGUCAUCCUGUUGCUAUCUCUCCUGGACCUCUUGGUAGUGUUUUGGCACUUGAUUACGAUUUUGAUUCCUGUUGCUCUCGAUUACUCAAGAUAAGACUUCACCAACCAGCCGAUGUAACAGAACUUCAAAAUGGGCUGAAAGAUGCGAGAGAUCUAUGCUUCAGUAGAGGUGUAGCCUUUAUGGCAGAGCGUGGUAACGCGUGCGUAAGAUUUAAAGACAUUGAAGGGAACGUUAGACUUGACCCCAACUCUCUACGUUCACGUGCUGAUCUGGAGAGAAUACUGAGUAACUACAACCUCUCCCUGGAUGGAACCGUUCCAACUUUACGCAAGCGCCUUUCUCAGCACUUAGACCAGCUAGAAGCCAAGGUGAAGAAAUGUGUUUUGCAAACUGAUGUGAUGCUUUCAAAGCCUGCAGCUUUGUGUAUGGUUAGUGAUGACAUACUAUUGUGCGCCGAUGAUGGUCACCGAGCUAUCUAUCAGAUUCAGCUAGAAAGAGAUGGAGUCACUAUAAAAGGCAAAUCGAGGAAACUCGUAAGAUAUCCAGAGGGUGCUUAUCGCCUGGAAUCCAUGACAGUCUCUAAUGCUCCAGAUGUUUACUUCACAGUGGCAAAAAGUGGCCAAUGUAACGGUGGCCUGUAUUGUUUUAGCAUGGAAACCGGCGAGGUCAUGACUAUUCUUGAGAAUAUGACUAACAGUUCCAAGAAGAUCAAGAAAGUAGCAAAAUUUAAUGACAUACUAGUCUUCACAGACAUUGAGGCUCGUCAAGUCAAGCGUUACAAUCCGUUGACCAAAAAAGUUGAUACUCUUGUCGGAGAUGGACGUGAAGGAGAACAGGACGGAACUGAAAAAAGUUGCAGCUUUGUCCAAGUGCAUGGAAUAUGUAGUGUUGCAGAUACGCUUUUCACAACGGAUGCGGCAGCAGGGAAAAUCAAGCUGAUUACUGGUUUGUCAGGGACAACGAACUUUCUAAGUCACCUGGGCAUUUUAUAUGACAGCUUUGGCAUAGUUUGUAAAGGUAGUACUUCUCAGACAAUUACGCCAGAGGAGGUCAGUCAGAAUGUUGAGAAGGUGAACGAUUACAUCAAAUCUACGGUAAGAAAUGUAAAAGAAACAAAUCACCUCAAAGAAGGUUCAGCAACGAAUGGUCCUCAAGGAACUGUGUCUAAAAAGACGCAAGAUUCUGUCGAGCUCCUGUUGAAUGGUGUAAACAACCUCAUAAGAAAUAUCACAAAUGUCAGCCCAGAGUACAAAGAUAGCAUUGACUGGCAAACUUUACUUACAACUCAAGUAGAGAACCUACAUGCGGUAUCGCAUUUUAAACAUGAGACAUUUAGCGCCCUUCAAUAUGCGAUAGACUUUGGUACGAUAUCGAAGGAAUCUUUAAAGCGAAUAACUGAAUGGGGGGCUAAAUACUAUACUCAUCCAUCUUCCUACUACACAGUGCCCCAAACGGGAAUGUCAUUCAAGGAAGUGCAGUUUAUGACUCCACUUCCUUGUGAGGGGCUAUCGAAAAAGGAUGAAGAAAUAAUGAAGGAAUGGUUGGAGAAUUACCGUCCGGUGAGGCAAAGAACCGUGAGGAGUAAAACGACGAAAGACAAGGCAGGAGCCUUGCCCCCGGCAGCGUACGCCAAGCCAAAGCCGGAUAUUACUGCAAAGGUACGAUUUCCAGAUGACCAACACGACAGAACCCUCCCUGCCUCCUCUGAGAUCAACCCUUUAGUCUCCGAUGUGUCAUUAAGUUUCAUAAGCGAUUCCAACAUUCCGCAAGUGAAGCUCGCGUCUGCUGCUGAUUUCAACCAGGUGGAGGAGUACGAAAGCGAUUCUGAAAUCAGCGAGGUUGAUACGGAUAGUGACUCAGAGGAUCUUAUCAUUAGUAAGCCAGUAGUAACAAGGUCCGGAAGGCAAGUCAAGGUGUGGACACGGUUUGAUGUCUAG